UUUUUUUGCGAGUAUCUAUUUUAAGGGGCUUGAAGCUUCGGACCUCGGGGUCCGGCGGCAGCCAGCAGUGAGGUUCGAUUCUGGGAUCAUCAAACCUUUCACAUCGAACACCUCCCACCUCUAUACACCUUCACAACCAUGUUGCGCGCUUCACGACCUGUAGCUCGCGCUGUCGCUGCUGCUUCGAAAAACAGCACCGCCUCUGCUCCAUUCACCCAGAUCCGUGCCGCCCACACCGUGAACCUAAACGGCCAUGCCGGCAACAAAGCCGACCCAGCCAUCCCUGGUGAUGCGACCAGUUUCCUGCCUGGCGACAAAAUCACGGGCGAUACCCAGAUUGGAUCGUACCCCAACCUGCCAAUGUACAAUCAGCAGUGGCGCGAUGGCAACCCUUCGGCCGGAUACUGGGAUCGUCAGGAUCGUCGCAACUUUGGUGAAACUGUCCCCGAAGAAGAUGAGGUCCUGAAUAUCUUUUCCCCUGACGUCUGGGCCUUCCCUGCUUCUCUCGGUGUCAAGCGUCUCGCCGCUGCUGCUGUCGCAUUCCUUGGAUUCGGAUACCUGCUCUCAGAGACCCAGCCCGAGCCUCACUUUGAGCGUCGCAGCUAUCCUCACGAUGGACUUUUGGAGGCCUUGGGCGUCGAUGCUUCGGAUGAGGUCAUGGUUGCCAAGCGUGGUGCCCGUGCUUAGAGACAUCAGAUGUUAUUUAUGAACAGCGAGCGGAUUCGCUGAAGGAUAUUAGACGGCGAGUCCCCUGGGGUCUACGCCCAAUCCCACCCUACUCUCCCCUCUGCUCUAAACCGCACAAAGAACGAUUUACCAUUGACGGAUAUAGAAAGAUCAGCGGAUGAUAGAAUUUAUACACAUGAGUCAUGAAACGAUUUCGCCUGACACUGCAGAAUGUAUUGCUCGAAAUAUUGUGAAAAAAAA